CCCCACAGCAUCCCGCCCUCCCUUUUUGCUUUCGGCUCUUUACAGUUUAAACCUGUGCGCCCCAUCUCGCCCCGAGUUUGCUGAGUCUCUUCCCGGGUUGGACCACCGUGAUGUAAUGUGCUGCCCCAGGAUUCCCCUUCCGCCCUCAUCCAGGCCCUAGAUGUACCGGCCCUGGAAUUUCAGUCACCCCGUGGCUCCCGGGGCUCCCAGCUCCCACCACGCCGGUUACAUGUCCCUUCAAAGGGUGCCAGGCGCCACCUCCCACGGCGCACACCCCCAAUACCUGGUGGUGCCUUGAGUUUACUCGGCACCCCCAGGCUCCCGUGUUUCCCCGGCCCACAGCUGCCAGGCAGCCCCCCUGUCCUGGCCUCUUAGAAGCCCCCAGGGGCGCCCAAACACCCAAUCACCAGCCCUGGGAAAUCUCACGCACCCCAAAUCAGCCCCUAGCACCCGCAUAACCAUUCCCCGUUCUCUCACGUCUAGCUGUCCUUCCCCCGCCGCGACCACUCACUUUUACUCUGAAGAGCACCUCUGCGCCCCCCUGGUGACCCAGGGCCCCAGUGUCAGGGACAGGAUCUCUCACCUGUCCCAGGUCACGGCCCGGGGGUGGGCUCUUCCUGCCGACGCCCAAGGGUGCCACGCGGGCACUAAGCCCUCUCCUUCCCCCGAGCAGGGCCCCCGCCGCCAUGCACAAACACUACACCGUCCACUUCGCCAAGGGCGCCCUGCCCUCUCGGACCCCCGCCGAGCGCUACUUCUUGGACCCGGAGUUGGGGCGCCAUAAAGGAUGCUGUCACCAGUGGCGCCGUGACCCGGCGGCCCUUCCAGCCCACGGGCCCUGCCGGCUGCCCCCACAGGUGCGCUGGCAGCUGGCCUACAACACCCGGGGGGGUGUCAGCGGCUGCCCCCCCGGCCCCCGGCCCCCCAGCCCCCUGCGACAGCGGCUCUGCUCCGUUCCAGGGGUCCAGAACGGGCCACCUGCAACCGCUGCUGCCCCCACGCAACCGGCCAGCGCCCCCCAGCCGCCCCCCAGGCCCACCAUGUCACCUGCCACCGCAGCAUCUGCCAUGGCCAGCGGCGGCCCGGCCCCGCCCCCUGCAGCCGGCACCCUCCUGGAGCCCAGCAGGCCCAGUGAUGCCCGCCCCCUGCCCGCCCCGGCAGCCUGCGGUUCCUUCACCUACAGCUCGGAUAUUCUGACAGAAGAUGAUGUCUACUGCAGCUGCCUGGCCAAGACCCUCUGCCACGUGCCUGUCCCUGUGACCGUGGGUUUCUAUGCCCCCUUUGGCUGCCGUCUGCACAUGAUGCUGGACAAGAUCACCGCGCUGAUGCAGCAGGAGGCGGCGCAGCGCGAGGCCGAGGAGCUGCGGCGCGUGCGGUGGCAGCCGCGGGCGGUGCGCGGCUGGGGCUUCCCGCGGCUGCUGUGGUACCUGGUGUUCCUGCAGCCGGUCAUCACCGAGGUGCACCUGCGGCGCAAGAACGUGAAGUUCCUCUUCAUCCGCUUCAGCGCCUGGCAGUACGCGGGCACCGACAAGCUGUGGGCCGGCCUGGUGACCACGCUGUGCGAGGGCAUCCGCCACCACUACGGCGCGCUGCCCUUCAGCGUGUACUCGGUGCUGGGCAACAAGCCGGCCACGACGCCGGGCUUCUGCCAGCGCGAGUGGCACUGCCGGCGCCGCGUGUGCCUGGCGCUGCUGGCGCUGCUGGCGGCGCUCGGCCUCGGCGUGGGCCUGCUCUACCUGUCGGUGGGCGCCCGCGCGCCGGGCCACGGCGCCGCCGGCGGCAGCCUGCUCCGGGUGUUCGGCGGCGCGGCCACCACGCUGUCGGGCUCGGGGCUGCUCAUGGCCGUGUACUCGGUGGGCAAGCACCUGUUCGUGAGCCAGCGCAAGAAGAUCGAGCGGCUGGUGUCUCGCGAGAAGUUCGGCAGCCAGCUGGGCUUCAUGUGCGAGGUGAAGAAGGAGGUGGAGCUGCUCACCGACUUCCUGUGCUUCCUGGAGAUCUACCAGCGGCGCCGGCUGCGCGUCGUGCUCGAAGUCACCGGGCUGGACACGUGCUACCCGGAGCGCGUGGUGGGCGUGCUCAACGCCAUCAACACGCUGCUGUCCGACAGCCACGCGCCCUUCAUCUUCAUCCUGGUGGUGGACCCCAGCAUCCUGGCCGCGUGCCUCGAGAGCGCCGGCUCCAUGAAGGGCACGGCCGACAACGGCUACCUCUUCCUCAACCGCACGGUCACGCUGCCCUUCUCCGUGCCCAUCAUGGGCCGCCGCACCAAGCUGCAGUUCCUGCACGACGCCGUGCAGAGCCGCGACGACCUGCUCUACCGCGAGAUGACGCGCAGGCUGCGGCCCGGCUGCCGCGGGGGAGGCGGCGAGGUCGCGCAGCUCCUGGCGGUGGAGACGCAGGCGGGCGCGCAGGGCGCGCAGAGCCGCAUAGACGCCGAGGCGGCGCGCCGCAUCCAGGAGGCGCUCUUCUGCCUGCACGACGAGCGCGACUGCCUGUACGAGUACGUGCCCGACAACGUGGUGUCCAUGCGGCGUAUCGUCAACACCGUGCCCAUCACCGUGCGCCUGCUGCAGCAGCAGGACGGGGACUUCGCGGGCCCCACGCCGCGCCAGGCCGUGGCGUGGGUCGUGCUCGCCAACCAGUGGCCGUGCCGCCUCAGCUGGGCGCUGCAGUGCCUGGAGGACCGUCAGCAGGCGGGGGGCGCGCCCGAGGCCCGCGCGCGCCUCUGGGACGUGUUCUGCGACAACAGCCGCGAGCUGCACGCCAUGACCAAGGCGUUGCAGAACGUGCUGGACUUAGACGGCGACCCCGAGCUUUUCGAGCGCUUCCUGGGCGCCGACUUCCCCUUCACCGUGGCCGAGGCGCAGAGCCUGCUGCGCUGCACCGUCAACCUGGACCACUCCAUCCGCCGUCGCAUGGGCCUCAUCCGGGCGGUCAGCGCGCUCAAGCCGCCCAGCGCGCCCGGGUCCCCGGCUCACGCCGCGUCCCACGCCGCCAAUGGAGCCGGCCACGCGCCCGGGGCGUUGGGGUCAGGGCAGGGCGCCGGGCACGCCCCCGGGCACGCCGGCGAGGCCCACCGCCCACGGGACCGGGCGCACGGGGGCAAACCACGGCCCGGGACGGGCCUCGAGUGGGUGCCCCGGGAGCCCCGGGAGGCAACGGCUCCUCCCGCCGCCCAGAUCGGGGUGUGAGGGGUUCAGCCGGCCCGCGGCCCGUGUCUGGGAUGAGGCCUCCGGUGGCCACCCCGCCCCCCACCCCCAGGCGAAGCUGUGAGCCGGAGAGAGCUGUAGGCAGGCGCAGCGUGUCGGAGCCGGCGUCUGAGAGCUGGCGCGGGGGGACCAGUGAAGAAGCAGCCCGGGUUCAAGUGCAAUAAACGGGAGAUGUGAAAGCCCCGGUGGGUCUUCAUGUCCUGGUCUCCCUGGCUUACACCUGCCCUGUCCCGCCAAGCCCACGUCACCCCCUGGGGAGUCGGGCAGCCUCUGCCGGGGCCUCAUUGCUGGCAUCCCGGGAAGCAGAAGAGGGCGUGGGGGCGGUGGGUGAGGCCACUGAGGCAGGGCAGAAGGACGGAUGUGCCGGGUUGACUCAGGCAACAGGGAGCGCCGAGAGGCCUUGGGGGAUCCAGGUCCUUGUCCCCACACCCUAGCCUGCCCCUUUGCAGGCAUUUCCGAGGGCGGUGUCCCCGGUGACCUCAGCAGGCUGGUCCACUCCAAGGGUGGCGCUCUGCCCCUGGCGUAAUGGAUUAAUUAGGGUUCGCCGGCACUUCCGCCAGCUGGGGCGGGCAGCGCUGCACCCCGGAACAAGUAACUGUCCAGGGAGCACCUGCCCACGGGCCAUCCAGGGCCACCUGAUGAGCCCCUUGGGGACUGGGAAGUUGAGGCGCAGAGAUGGGAACCUGUGGGACAUACAGAGUUGGAGCCAGAGCCAGGCCGCGGUGGGGGCGGUGGUGUUUCUUAGCUACUGCGGCUCACACUUUCCCCUCCCACCCGUGUGAUACAGCGAGGAGGCAGGUGGCACUCCUCAGACACCUUCUACGUCCUCGCUGGUCCAAGUAGCCACCCACUCAGGCCCGCGGCAUGCCUGAUCCAGUCCAGCUGGGGAGGGGGGACCAGCACUUAACCUGUCCGGUGUGACCAGAGCUCAAGGGUGUGACCUCUGAGCCAAGGCCCUAAGGGCUGAGGGGACAGGCCCAGAGGGAGCCGAGAGCUCUUCGAAGGCACCACCCUCAGGCCGUGCGGCCUGGUGGGGGUACUGACCUCGCACUGCUCAGCUCCAAGGCUUGGGCACAGCACCCCGACUCCACCGGCCAACGACUGCUUCCGAGUGGACGCGGGGCAGGAAGCCGGCAUGUGACUGACUGAGGGGCUGCCUUCCAGUCCGGGCAGGGCUAAGCUUGG